AUGACACAUUCCAGCACAGUGGCUCUACAUGAGGUCAAACAUGAAGAUAUACAGGCAAACCAACCCUCUUUCAGGACGCUAGCCAUACCUGAAAGUGAAGAUGAUUGGAAAAUUCGUGAGAAAUAUCGCCCCUUUCUUCUGAAUCCCCAACAAGCGGCCGAGGAUUGGGCCAAUCGCUUGGAACUCGACACCGUGCUGGACAUGGCUGCGGAGGAUCUCAAGACGACUCAGAAACGUAUCAAGGUUUUAGUUUUGUACGGUUCUCUGCGAAAAAGAUCGUACUCAAAGCUUGUGGCCUUGGAAGCCAGUCGAAUCCUCUUCCGACUCGGCUGUGACGUCCGAGUCUUUAAUCCAGAGGGCCUACCGGUCAAGGACGACGUCCAGCAUACGCACCCCAAAGUCCAAGAGCUGCGCGAACUGAGCACAUGGAGCGACGGUCAUCUCUGGGUGACCCCCGAGCAACACGGCAACCUGACUGCCGUCUUCAAGAACCAAAUCGACUGGAUUCCCCUGUCCACCGGCAGCGUUCGACCCACUCAAGGCCGCACCCUGGCCAUCGCCCAAGUAUGCGGAGGGUCCCAAUCGUUCAACGCCGUCAACUCGCUUCGGAUCCUGGGACGGUGGAUGCGCAUGUUUGUGAUCCCGAAUCAAAGCUCAAUUCCAAAGGCAUACACGCAUUUCCCGGAUGCCGGUCAACCGGGGGACUAUCACCUCAUGCCCAGCGGAAACCGGGACCGUUUGGUCGAUUGCAUGGAAGAGUUCGUCAAGUACACUAUCUUGAUGCGGCCUCACUUUGAUCUCUUCGCGGACCGAUAUAGUGAACGCGAGGAAAGGCGAUUGAAACAAGCGGCACAGGCGGCCUAA